GAAGCGUCCCCGCGCUGCCGGAAGUUGCCGCACGGUUCCCGGUGCUCGCACGGUGGCCGGAGAUUUUAAAAGCUGCCAUGCAGCGGCCCGAGCCGGACGCUACCGCAGAUGAUGCCAUGGACUCGUUUCUGGAGAAGUUCCAGAGUCAGCCUUACCGUGCCGGCUUCCACGAAGACCAGUGGGAGGAGGAAUUUGAAAAGAUACCCCUAUUUAUGAAGAAAGCACCCUCAGAAAUUGAUCCCAAGGAGAAUCCUGACUUGGCUUGCCUCCAGUCAAUUAUUUUUGAUGAAGAUCGAUCUCCAGAAGAACAGGCCAAGACCUAUAAAGAUGAGGGCAAUGAUUACUUUAAAGAAAAAGACUAUAAAAAAGCUGUAAUCUCAUACACUGAAGGCUUAAAGAAGAAAUGUGCAGAUCCUGGUUUGAAUGCUGUCCUUUAUACCAACCGGGCAGCAGCGCAGUACUAUCUGGGCAAUUUUCGUUCUGCUCUCAAUGAUGUGAUGGCUGCGAGAAAGCUAAAACCUUGCCACCUCAAAGCAAUAGUAAGAGGUGCCUUAUGCCAUCUGGAAUUGAAAAACUUUGCUGAGGCUGUGAAGUGGUGUGAUGAGGGGCUGCAGAUAGAUGCCAAAGAGAAGAAGCUUCUGGAAAUGAGGUCUAAAGCAGACAAACUAAAGCGUACUGAACAGAGGGACAUAAGGAAAGCAAAAUUGAAAGAAAAGAAGGAGCAGAAUCAGAAUGAGGCUUUACUCCAGGCCAUCAAGGCUAGGAACAUCAGGCUAGCCUCUGAAGCUGCGGGUAAGGAUGAAGAUUCAGCCUCAGAAGGUCUGGGUGAGCUAUUCCUGGAUGGGCUCAGCUCUGAGAACCCCUAUGGAGCCAGGCUGAGUGUCGAUGACCAGGGCAGACUGAGCUGGCCUGUGCUCCUUCUAUACCCAGAGUAUGCCCAGUCGGACUUCAUCUCUGCUUUCCAUGAGGACUCCAGGUUUAUUGAUCAUCUGAUGGUGAUGUUUGCUGAAAUGCCCUCUUGGGACUUAGAGCAAAAAUACUGCCCUGAUAAUUUAGAGGUCUACUUUGAAGAUGAGGAUAAGGCAGAACUAUACCAGGUGCCUCCCAGAAGCACCCUGCUACAGGUGCUACAGCACCCCAGGUACUGUGUAAAAGCCUUGACACCAGCCUUUUUGGUCUGUGUGGGAUCCUCUCCCUUUUGUAGGAGUUAUCUCCAGGGGAGAAAGGUGUCCCAGGUAAAGUGACUGUGCCGGGCUGUGGGAGCUAGGUCCCCUGGAUCUCCUCACUCACCCUCUUUUGCGUGGAGCCUGGCAUCCUUCAAUCAGAUGGACAUACUGCUAGAAUCUAGCACAUUUUUCUCACCCUGGGGACCGUGGUGGGGGAGGAGCUGCUGACUUCCCUGAACUGUAGCCUCUCUGGUCAAUGCACUGAGCUACAGCUGGUUUUCACUCUCUUCUUUUGGUACAAAACUCUGUGCCUUGGUCGUGAUACCUCAGACUCACUGUGAGCUGUGUUAAUCACCAGCCGCCAUCUCUGAAGGGACCAUCUGUUGCAGACCCAACUGACCCAAAGAACUCUGGCCUGUGGCCACUGACUCAGGAUCCAGUGGCAUAGUUCUGAACCUUUGUGGAGUUAGAGGCCUCAGAAAAGCUGCCCCUCAAACAGCACAUAUACACAACCCACACGUGUAAUUUUAAGGCAUUCAAGGUGAGAGACACUGA